UAUAGAUGAGUAGUUAAACUAGCAAUUCAAGUCAUUAUCAUCAACCCAAUGCCUGUUACGUUAUUAAUUAUUUUGAGUGUUUGGGCGGAAACGAACAUAUAUUAAUUAAGGCAUGUCGCGAGUUUCCACGUCGUCAUCCACGCAUGCAGCGGCGGAGUUGGCGGAGAAGGUGUCGUGGUACUGCGCCCUGGCCGUGGCGCUACUGCUGCUUCUGAGCAUAUGCGGCGGCGAGACGGCGCCGGAGACAGUUCCCGAGGCGGCGGGGAAAGGGCGGUGCGACGAGAUUUACGUGGUGCGGGAAGGGGAGACGCUGCAGACGAUAAGCGAAAAGUGCGGGGAUCCGUUCAUCGUGGAGGAGAACCCACAUAUUCAUGACCCCGACGAUGUUUUCCCGGGAUUGGUUCUCAAGAUUACUCCUUUCUACAACCUCUAGUUUGUUUAUUGUCUCUUCCAUCUAUCACCGCUUUCGCCUGCCGGCCACAAAAUAGCAGGAGAAAUUUAAAUUGAAGCUCAAACUUUAUCUAGUUUGACUCGAAAAAAGUCGAAUUAUACAAAUACACUAGGACGAAGAGAGUACUAUAUAGUCGUAAGAAAUUUUUUUACUCCCU